UUGGCCCCAACUGCCUCUCCACCUUUCCAGUCUUCUCUUUUUUUUCUUAGUCUUCCUGUUUUUCUAUUUCUCGCUCUUUCUCUCCAUACCUCUAGCCUACCAACAGCUGUAUGUAGGUUUUAUUUUUGCAUUUACAAGUUGUUAUUUUCUUCGCCAAAACCAAUAGAUUGAUGAACAUUAUGGAUGUGCGUUUUUCAGGGUGAAAUAUUAUCCGGGCUCUGCCCUCGCGCUGCGCCCUAAGAGUGACCACAUGAGUUCCGCUGGGUUAGACAAGACCCCCACCGUGCGCUCGGGACAUCGGAGUAGCCCAUUACUAGCUCAUGUGCUACCUGCAACCAUGGAGCGGUCACGGGUCGGUCUGCUGCUCAUCGCGCUCUGCCUUUUACAUGAGGAAGUCAGCGGGAGAAAUCCCACGUGUCACUUCCUCUGGGAGCUGCAGAGGGCGGAGCUAGAAUGUCACAAUCAGCUGGAGAAGCAAUCACUAGAGACUCCCGGCUGUGGUGGUCUAUGGGACAACAUCUCAUGUUGGGCCCCAGCAGCCGUAGGGGAGGAGGUGACUCUCUCCUGCCCCCCUGCUCUCACACACCUCUUCGGACGACACGGUGCCUUCGGUAGGAACUGUACAGAGGCUGGCUGGUCUGACGUCUACCCAAGCAUCAGCACCGUCUGCUGGUCCAGCGACACCAAACCUAACAAGUUGCUGUUCUACUCAGUGGUGAAGACUCUGUACACUCUGGGCCACAGUCUCUCCAUUAUCGCUCUCAUGACGUCUACAUUCACCCUCUGUCUGUUCAGGAGGCUCCACUGCACUAGGAACUACAUCCAUGUGAACCUGUUUGUGUCGUUCAUCUUGCGAGCGGUGGCCGUGCUGGUUAAAGACUCUGUCAUCUUCUCCCAUAACCAAAACACUGACUGUAGCACACAGACCUCACUGGUUGGCUGUAAAGUCAGUUUGGUGAUGUUGAACUAUUUCAUCAUGGCUAACUUCUUCUGGCUGCUGGUGGAGGGCCUCUACCUCCACACACUACUCCUUGUAACCUAUUCAUACACACACCUCGCUGUCUACCUCACCAUCGGCUGGGGGUUACCCUUAGUAUUUCUGGUAUUCUGGGUCUUCUGUAGGAUCUAUCUGGAAGACACCGGCUGCUGGGAGAGGAAUGACAUUCCUACCCCUAGGAGGGUGAUCAACUGGCCCAUAAUGGCGUCUGUCAUAAUCAACUUUGUUCUAUUCAUCAGUAUCAUCCGUAUCCUGGUCCAGAAACUACUCUGCUCCGAUGUAGGCGGGAACAACCAAUCACAGUACAGGCGUCUGGCUAAGUCCACCCUGCUGCUGAUUCCUCUGUUUGGAGUCAACUACAUGGUGUUUGUCUACCUGGUGGAGACAGAGAGCAACAGGAUGGAGGAAUACAAGAUUCUGUUUGACCUGGGACUGGGGUCAUUCCAGGGUCUGGUGGUCGCCACUCUCUACUGCUUCCUCAACACCGAGGUCCAGGGGGAGCUGAAGAGGAAGUGGAGGAGUGUGUCGUUGAACCAUUACAUCGGGCGGGACUGCCGCCUACACAGCGCGUCAAUCAGCCAUAACUCCACCCACUUCCAGCGGAACUCCAGAGCCCAGUCCAUCCUGCAGACGGAGACCACCUCACUGUGACCCGGAAGUAGUUCCACCUCUGUGACCCCGGACGUGGAUCUAACACAAUAUAACCUGGAAGUUGAUCUAACUCUCUCUUUGACCAUGAAGUGAACCUGGGGUCAAUCAACCAACACAAGUACUCCUGAGUGGCGCAGUGGUCUAAGGCACUGCAUCGCAGUGCUAACUGUGCCACUAGAGAUCCUGGUUCGA